UGGGGUCUGAGGCACAGGCAGCGGGGCACACGAGCACAUUAAUUUCCUAUUCCACGGAUCCCUACUAAUUACUACUCUUCUUUCUAAAUUCUCCAUUGUCAUCCAGCCUACCAGUUUGCCCUUCCUCUUCCAUCGCUCCUUACUCCCCUCCCCUCUCCCUUCCUUUCACGUUGCUUCUUUCUCCUUGCAAUUCAAUGGACCCUCCUGUGAUUGUCAAAAAGGAACUCACCGACCAUCUCCGCCCUCAUAGGCUCUGUCUUUCUAAUCCUAAUGAUAAACCCCCCUCCUCCGUCUCUGUUAUCAAUCUCAGCGACGACGACGACGACGAUACCAGCAGCCGCAGCAGCGACGCCUCCGACUCCGACCACGGUGGAAGAGCAGGCCUCUCCAAGAGGAGGAAACUCGAUGUUGCGGUGCCCCAUGGGUUCCUCGCGCCUCUUCCGUUGGCGACUGAAGCUGCUGCUGCUGCUACCUCUCCUUCAUCUGUUCCUGUCCUGCGGCGCCCACUGGCCACCCCCACUCCCAUUCCCACACGCGCCACUGCCACCGGACCGACUUCUAAGCAGUUCUGGAAGGCCGGAGAUUAUGAUGGAGGGCCCUCCACUGAUUGGGCUCUCAGCUCAGGAGGCAUCGACCAUGUUAGAGUACACCCCAAAUUUCUGCAUUCGAAUGCGACCAGCCAUAAGUGGGCUCUCGGAGCUCUCGCUGAGCUCCUUGACAACUCAUUAGAUGAGGUUUGCAAUGGAGCAACAUAUGUAAACGUGGAUAUGCUUGAAAAUAAGAAAGAUGGUAGUAGAAUGUUGCUGAUUGAAGAUAACGGUGGUGGCAUGGAUCCUGAUAAAAUGCGAAAGUGCAUGUCUCUAGGAUAUUCUGCGAAGAGCAAAGUGGCCAACACUAUUGGACAAUAUGGCAAUGGUUUCAAAACAAGUACUAUGAGGCUUGGGGCAGAUGUAAUCGUGUUCUCACGGUGUCGUGGUAAAGGUGGAAAGAGUCCUACGGAGAGCAUCGGAAUGCUGUCAUACACAUUUUUGAGGAGCACUGGCAUGGAAAAUAUAGUGGUUCCUAUGCUUGACUAUGAAAGACGAGGAGGGGGAUGGAAUCAACUGAAACGAUCUACAUCCACUGAUUGGAAUAAAAAUGUGGAAACAAUAGUUCAGUGGUCUCCAUUUUCCAGUGAAGCAGACCUUCUACGGCAGUUUAGCAUGAUGGAAGACCAUGGUACGCGUGUUAUCAUAUACAACCUUUGGGAGGAUGACCAAGGAUUACUAGAACUUGAUUUUGAUGCUGAUCCACAUGAUAUUCAACUUAGAGGCGUUAAUCGAGAUGAGAAGAAUAUACAAAUGGCUAAAAGAUUUCCCAACUCUAGACACUACCUGACUUACAAACAUUCUUUGAGGAGCUAUGCCUCCAUUCUCUAUCUGAGGCUUCCUCCAACCUUCCGAAUGAUUCUUUGCGGAAAAGAUAUCGAGCAUCACAAUAUAGUGAAUGAUAUGAUGCUAUCCCAGGAAGUCACUUACCGGCCACAGCCUGGCGCUGAUGGGGUUCCUAAAGAUAACAUGGCUGCCAUUGUAACUAUUGGAUUUGUGAAGGAUGCCAGGUACCAUAUUGAUGUGCAAGGAUUCAAUGUAUAUCAUAAGAAUCGCCUCAUUAAGCCAUUUUGGAGGCUCUGGAAUCCUGCGGCAAGUCACGGUCGUGGAGUCAUAGGUGUUCUGGAAGCUAAUUUUGUCGAACCAGCUCAUGAUAAGCAGGGUUUCGAACGAACAACAGUUCUUGCAAGACUUGAAGGGCGACUUAUACAAAUGCAGAAGAAUUACUGGCACACGAAUUGCCAUAAAAUUGGUUAUAAUUCUCUUAAGAACAUGAAACCGACAGGCAGUUCUGCAGGCAGAGAUAAUUCUCCUGAUUACAAUCUCCGGCUAUCUUCCAAGUCCACUAGCCGUGCUGCCUCCAGUGGCAAAUCACCAUUGAAUGGUUCACAUAAAUUCUCUUUACGACCGAAUCAGAGGAGAGAUACUUUUUUGGGUGCGAAAGGUAUCGCGAUACCAAAUGCAUUGGAGCCAUCUUCACCUUCGGUGGAGUACCUCAAUGAAGAUGAUCUGCAAACUUCCCAAUCUCUGGGAAAUUUGAAUGGCUGUAUUCACAGAACAUUCUGCAAGGACACAUUAUCUAGGAAAGAUGGUGCAGGCGUGUCAUCAUCGAGUGCAAACUUGUGUAGAAAUGGUGCACAACAAGAUUAUGCAUACCCGGAUAAAAGUAAUGUACGGACCACAGGGACCACUUCGAAGGAUGAUGAGAUGGAAAUGUUGAAGCAAGAAAACCGUGAGUUAAAGGAGAGGUUAGAGAAAGUGGAGAGUGACUUUGUGAGUGAGUUGCAGCGUGAUCUGGAGGCUGAAAGAGAGAGGUGUAGGACACUUCAAAACCAGCUCCAAGAAUCCCAAAAGAAGAUUGAGCAAGUGACUAUGGAGCAAGAAACUCUAAUUGAGAUCUUUACAGAGGAAAGAGAGCGGCGGGAAACCGAGGAGCAGAACUUGAGGAAGAAGUUAAAGGAAGCUUCGGAUACCAUCCAAGACUUGCUCGACAAGGUGCGGCUCUUGGAAAAUAUGAAGUCUUUCAACCGCAAAUCUGAUGCCUCGUGAGCAUGGGCAGCGGUAUGUGUAUGCCCUUCAUCCCUGGCAUCUCUGAUUGUGGAAGGAACGAGUGGGGCUGAUCUGAUCAGCGUUAUUUGAGUUGGGUAUGUAGCUUAGGAAGUGUGUCUUUCAUUCAUGGGAUGGUUUAGUUGAAGCAGUAGAGAUGGUUUCAGUUUGAGUAGGGUCGGUGGCAGGGUGGUAGGGCAUUAAGGAAUUGAAGAAGCAUGAGUGAAAGAGGAUCUUGUGCAUUAUGUAUGUGAUUUUGUAAUUAAAUGUAGUAGCAUGUGAAGGUUCUGAGUCAUUUGGCAUCAUCUUAAAUUGUUCCUUGUGAAACUCUGAAUGGAUCGCCGGUGAGCGGUGAUGAGUCAAUCUGCAAUUAUUUUUCUCUCUUUUUCCCAGUCAUAGGUAGAAAGAGAGACGUCGGAUUUUGGAACAUGUAGCACUAAACUCUGUCUAAUCUGAUCCGAUCUAAUGUAAUGUAUUCAUUUCGAUUUCUCGGGUUCUUUCACCGUCUACA